AUGAGCACAAAUUAUUCUUCUGCAUUCCCUCCUUUGAGGACCAUGCCAUGUCAUCUCUCUCUAAAACACAAACUUCAGCAACGUUCACAGCAACCAGCUCUAUAUCUUUCCUUAGCUCCGCCGAAAUACCCGUCAUACCUUAACCACACUCUUUAUGCCGACCUUGCACUCGAGCAGUAUGAUUAUCUUCAAAACCCACAACGCAAUCGUACAAACUCAAUGUGGGAAACACUCGACUUGCGCCUUCCUUCUUGUUGGAACGAUCGAGACAGAUCGCGCAACAUCAAAGUUGGUGCUAAUGGUCUCGACCUAAUAUAUACUGGUCCAGGACUUCGUGAAAUUGACGCGGCAUCCGUGCGAGCAAAUUUUCCUAUUAGAUCUCGCUGUGGGGUAUAUUAUUAUGAGCUCAAAGUCAUCUCACGGGGGCACGACGGAUUCAUCGGAAUUGGGUUUUGUGGUUUAAAUAACCAGUUAGAUAGACUACCAGGCUGGGAUCCAUAUUCGUGGGGCUACCAUGGUGAUGACGGGCAUUCUUUUGCUGGAUCAGGUACAGGAAAGGUGUUCGGACCUUUCUUUACGACUGGGGAUGUGAUCGGGUGCGGCGUCAACUUCGCCGACCAGUCCGUCUUUUACACCAAAAAUGGCGCCAUGAUUGGAACCGCGUUUCACUCGCUACGUCUUACACUAGAUAUCUAUCCCUGUGUGGGAUUAAGAACCAAGGGAGAGAUAGUGACUGUGAACUUUGGAGAGAAUGCCUUUGCAUUUGACAUUGUUCAGUAUGUAAAAGACCAAAAGAAGAAGCUCCACAAAGACAUCACGCAUACUUUGUCACCAGGUCCCCCGUUGCAUAACACAGCUGAAUCUAUCAAGGACAUUGAUACACCCACCAGUUCACUUCUCAAUCAUCUUGUCCUUUCCCAUUUGGCACAUCAUGGCUAUGGAAAGACGGUCAAUGCUCUCCUAAAAAAUGUCUCUUACACAGAUUCUUCUCCACUCUCUCUCUCAACAGCUAGUCCAACGGAUUCUACUUGGGGUGAAAAAGAUGUGUUUGAACGCCAAUCUAUUCGUUCUGCUAUCAUGGCAGGCGAUAUAGAUCUGGCCAUUCGUCUAUUAGACACUCAUUUUCCAGAUCUAUUUGUUGGUAACGAAAGAGGACGGACAGCCCUGUUCCAACUCAAGUGCCAAAAGUUUAUCGAAAUGAUAGGCAAAUAUGCAGAGAAAGAAUGUGCCCAGUACCGUAGAAAGGAAAGAUGUCUUGAUCUUACCGACAGUAUUUUCUCGGAUGAUGAUCAUAUGAGCUUGGGUAGUAAUGGAAGCAUUAGUGCUGAAGGGGAAAACGAAGCGAAAUAUAAACAGAGGACUACUGACCUUAUAUCAACAUCGCCAAUCAAUUUAACAAAAGUAUUCCCUGUUAACGCGCCGGGAAGGCGCUUAAGCUAUGCUGCCAUCACGGCAUCUUCAUAUUCUGUAUUACCACCGACAAUUCCCACCCAUUCCCGUUCAACACAUCACACCUUAUCUUCUCAUAAUUCUCUCGCCAAUAUUCCACCCAGGCGACGAAGCAGCUCAAGUUGCAGUGCUUUCAGCGCUUAUAGUAGUGGAAUAAAAAACCGCGACAUUCUAUUGGAAGAAGGAGAGAGUGCUCUUAUUUCUCAGCCAACAGUCGAUACAAUGAAGCAGAUAAUGACAUAUGGUCAGCAGUUGCAAGAAGAAUAUCGUUCUGAUGAAAGAACCAGUGUGAAAACAAGACUUGUGGAGAUAUUCUCUCUUUUGGCUUAUCCUGAUCCAACAUCAAGCCCCGUUGGAUACUUGCUUGACAAUAGUGGUAGAAGCAUUCUUGCGACUGAAUUAAAUACCGCUAUUCUUCUGUGUCAAAAACGUCCAGGAAUUUCUCCUCUUGAACAAGUUUACAGACAAGCCUUGGUUACAAGUAAAGAGCUUGCAAUACAUGGUCAUAGUAAAGCUGUUAUGGUCAAUGUUGAGGAAUCAAUGUGUAGACCCUCUCCCUCUAUUCCUUGA